AUUUUAUCUCACUUGGUGCUUUCAAGACUACUUGGAACUCAGAAAAAAACGAGGUCAAACGAUGACUUCAGAAAGUCGGAGCUCAGAAAGAUGGCAGAGUUUCCGACUUGGAAGUCCGAGUUGAAAGACCUCUCAAAACAAUUUUUCCCAAUCGGAGCUCGUUUUUUCCCGAGUUCCCAGUUGUCAUUAAGGCGACAACUGACACUAGACAAGUUCGAUACACAAAAACACAGACACACACAGCAGCAGCAAGCCAACAGGAUGAAUCUGACGUGCUUGUCAUGAGAAAAAUACUAACUUCUUGAAACUCACGGAACCAUGAGUCCCAGAAAUACAAGCAAAAAUGUCUCUCACGCUGACAGCUCAGCCUUAAAGAGCCCAUCGAAACAAAGGCAUAUCAACAAAGGUUCCACCCUAAAUCCCUCUAAUGGCUUAGGGGACUCAGGAACCAGCAGAGCGACGGCCAGCCAGGCCAGGGAAGCAGGAGCAAACACAGACACACGUUAUGCCAAGAAGAAUAUCCCUACUGUCAGAUAUCAUCCUGACAUCGCACAGAAGAGACCUGAGGCCCAUCAGCAUAGUCAUAGCCCUGACAAGAGCAGCCAGGUCAGGGGUAAGCCUGUGGUCUCUCCCCCCAGGACCAAUCAGGAUCAAAUAAAAUCGAAUAAAAUCAGCAGAUCCCCGGCCAGCCAGGCCAGGGGAGCAGGAGAAAAGACCACAGACACACGUUACGUCAAAAGGAACAUCCCUACUGUCAGAUAUCAUCCUGACAUCGCAGAGAAGAGAGCUGAGGCCCAUCAGCAUAGUCAUAGCCCUGACAAGAGCAGCCAGGUCAGGGGUAAGCCUGUGGUCUCUCCCCCCAGGACCAACCAAGUUGGGGGGAGCUCCAUGGUCUCUCCCCUCAGGCCCAAAGCACUGCCCCUGGGGUUAGGUCAGAAAGUAGAGGUGGAGGCGGUGGAGCUCCAGACCCGGGGCCAGAGAGAGAACCCCAGCUGGUUCUCCUGGCGUCAGAGCCGAAUCACAGCGUCGGUCGCUCACCGACUCGCCCAUAGUCGCUUCGUUACUGGCCAGAGCAUGACCCCGCCGGCUUCCUACCUGGCCGCCAUCACAGGUCGUGGCUCCAACGUCAAGACCCGCGCCAUGACCUGGGGCAUUGAGCGGGAAGCCGAGGCCGUGCGGAGAUAUCAGAGCCUGAAGAGCAAGGCCCUGGGCCGGGCGGUGAGGGUGCAGGAGUGUGGCUUGUUCAUCGACCCCCAGCGCCCCUGGCUAGCAGGCAGUCCUGAUGGCAUCGUAGAGGACCAAAGGACCGGCCAACGGCUGCUCUGCCUAGAGGUCAAGUGUCCCUACAAGCACCGUCAGAACACUGUAGCCCAGGCCUGUAGAGAGGACCCAGCCUUCUGCCUGACGAUACAGGACCAGGGGGAGGAGGGGGAACAGGGGAGGUACCAUCUGAAGCCAGACCACAGCUAUUUCACCCAGAUCCAGUGCCAGCUGGCGGUGACAGGGUUAACCCAGGCUGACCUAGUGGUGUUCACCCUGAAGGAAACAGCCAUUGUCCCGGUGACCUUUGACCCUGUGUUCUGGGACGACACCCUGGCCAAGCUGGAGAUGUUCUACACCGAUGCUGUCCUGCCCUACAUCAGAGACUUACCAGAUAUGAGGCCGGAGGAGUAGCUAGCUUGUUCAGGAUGUGACUAGCUGGUUCAGGAUGUCAGAUAUGGAAGUCCUGAGACAAACUGUAGUUGUGUCUGUGUUAAAGGACUGGUCUGGGUUGUGUCUGUGGUAAAGGACUGGUCUGGGUUGUGUCUGUGGUAAAGGACUGGUCUGGGCUGAGUCUGGUAAAGGACUGGUCUGGGUUGUGUCUGUGGUAAAGGACUGGUCUGGGCUGUGUCUGUGGUAAAGGACUGGUCUGGGCUGUGUCUGUGGUAAAGGACUGGUCUGGGUUGUGUCUGUGGUAAAAGGCUAUGGCGACUGCAGGCUUGGAGACUUUAACCUAUUACUUUACUGUCAAAUAUUUGAAUGUAAAUAAACCAUGCCUGCCUUACA